CUUUAAAUUCUUUAAUUUCAUUUGAAAAUUGUGUGCAAUUUUAUAUUGCACGAAAAGCAUUAAAAUUUUUAAUACAUCGAAUCAACCAAAUCGCCUCAAUUGUAAGGUUGCAGUGGGCUCAACUGUUGUCAGCUGCCCAAAAAAACCUUAUAAUAAAGUACCAAAAUCACAAUUAGUGCCUCAAGCCACAACGAUUGAAGGAUUUUUAGACAAUCGUGUCGGCAGCAUCGGUGGUGGAUCUGUGAACGUUGGUAGCGGUGCUACUGCUUUUGCUGGUGCAAUUGGUUUUAAUUACAAACGAAGUGGCGCUGGUGAAGGUGUUACUGGCGGAUUUGCUGCGGCAACCGCAACAAAACGUGGAACAAAAUUACAUCAACAAUCAAGUAACAGCAAUAAUAGCAGCAAUAACAACAACAAUUACCAAUUUAAAAACCACAACAACAUCAACGUCAAUCACAGUCCAAUAACAAACAGUGGAAUGAUGAUGAUGAAACAAAAAUCUUCACUGGCUGAUCGCUUAAACAUUGGCAUUGAGCGGCGUGAAUUAAAACUUGGUUCCACUUUUUCUAAAAAUCCAAAUCGGGCAUUGCAUACCAUAAAAUAUGACUUCAAGCCCGCUAGUGUGGAUAAAAAUAAAAUGGCUAAUGUUCAAUUCGAAUCAAACAAGCAAGUUACUGUUACCGUGCCAAAUUUAGAAAAUUCCGGUGUGCCUAAUACUGUUUAUAAGGGAAAUCACAGAAAUUAUACGAAAGAAUGUAUUAUAAUAAUAGACAAGAAAACAGGUGAUAUGACUUUAGAAAAAUUAAGCUACAAUAUACAAGUUAAGAAGACAAGGAGUGAAGCCAAUAAGCCAGCCAUUAACCCAGUUAUGACAACGGGACCUCCAAAAUUGGAAAAUACAACGAUGCGUUUACAAUCUAAAACUAAAGUGUCGACUGGAAGUCGACGAAAUAAUAUUAUUGAUUUCAAACCGCGUAAUUCUCCAAUGCAAGGCUCUCCAUCAGCAGGCGUCAGUUCAACGGUGCACAAAAGUCCACAAUCAGCGCCUGCCUGGAAUGCAAACAACGCUCAAGCUACAUUACCUAGUAUACCAAUCAUUGAUACUGAUGUGGAAAUGCCAAAUAGUUCAAUUGCUAGCACUCUUCUAGGCAACAUAAUUAAUACAUCACCGUCAGCCAUAAACAAUCAUAAUAAUUCAGUGCAAGAUAAUCAAUAUCAGUUUGGACAAACUAAAAAACAAAAGAAAUCUUUACAAAACAAUGCAAAUCGAAAUAUUAACAAUCAAAGGCACCAGCAUCAACAACAGCACCAACAGCCACACCAACAACAACAUCAACAACAACAUCAACAACAAUACCACCAACCACCACAUCAACAGCAACAGCAGCAGCACCAGCACCAGCACCAAUAUCAACAGCAACAAUUGUUACAACAACAAACACAACAGGACCAACAACAAACAUGGCUACAGCAAACGAAGCAACAAAAGUUACGACCAAAUUUACAAGAACAACAAAACUUUUUCCAAAACCAACAACAGUUGCAUCAAGAUAUGAGUCAAGUGUCAAAUGGCAAUGCAUAUAAAAAUCAUAUUGGUAUCAAUGGUGGUAAUCACUACAGUAACAAUUCACCACGUGACCUAGGUGUUCCAGAAUCAUCGGAAAUUGGUGAGAUGACUUCAUCAGAGUCUUCUAAUUCUAGUGAUAGUGAUAGUGAAAGCGAAAGUGAUAGUAACUCAAGUUCCGGUAAUUCGGACAAUGAACCAGAACAACACCAGAAACAAAAACAUCAGCAUCAACAUAAACAACAACAACUACAACCACAAUUAAUGCAUCAACAACAAUAUUAUCAACAGAUAAAUCACUAUCAGUACAACGAUAACGUAUGCAUUACCGGCUCCAAUGAGCGAUUCAAACCAUAA